AUGACCUCCUCCUACCCUUCCCCAGGCCUAGCUCUGAAAGACGCCAAGCUCCUGCUCGAACACCCCUUCCUUCCCAUGGAAGCAGGAGUAGCAUAUACCGAAGAUGGAAUGUGCCACGUCGCAGCAUCAACCUACAUGAAAAACUGCACAGGUGCAAUGAUAGACUGGUGGUUUGGCUGGAUACACAAAACAGAGCAAUACACCCUUUGGCAUCCACGCGACCACGUAUUCUCCGACUGGGAGGGGCCACGUGAAAACAACAGCACCUACAUCGGAGGUCAUCACCUAGUACAUGAGUACAUAGGCGGUGAGCUAAAGAAGCUUAAGAUCUCCUUUAAAGAUCCGGGUGAAUACUUCGGUGUUGAUUGGGAGACUGCGCUCAAGGAAGCUGGAUACUCGACUGCUGUAUGUGGAAGGACGGGGAUAUGGAAUGAUAAAACAAAUGAAGUCAUUUAUGGUGGGCAUUUGAUUCAUUUGAUUAAGAAUGAGCCGGAUGGAGUGAGGAUGCGAUCUCGAUUUUGGUUGGGAGAUGUGGAUGGAAUCACUGAUCCCGAGAUGAGGAAGGCGAACGUAACAUUGGAAUCUGGCCUGGGGCUUUUGAAGCAUUGUACGGAGGAGAUGGCGAUCCUGGGCACCAUUUUACCUGAUAUGUAUAGUUCACAAAGACAGAGACCUCGGGAUCAAUAG